GUAGGAGGAAGGAGACGCCAUUAGAGGGAGGCGGAGAGGGAGUGCUCUUCGCCUUUCCUCGGGUGCCUGACGUGGUGGUUGGGGGGCCCUUCAUUCUCGGACUUCCCUCGGCCCUUCCAGGCUUCGCCCGGAGGCGAGAGUGGAGACGGCGCCCCGGGUUGACGGGUCGGUGCGGAGGGGCCUGCGCCGGCCGCGGCUGUGAAGGCGCUGCGGCGGCUGUGGGGAGCUCGGCGCAGCUCUAGGGCUCGGGCGGCGGGGAAACGGGAUGGCUGCGGCCGGCAGCGGAGGGGCGGCGGCGGGCAGAGCCUACUCAUUCAAGGUGGUGCUGCUGGGGGAAGGCUGCGUGGGGAAGACGUCGCUGGUGCUGCGCUACUGCGAGAACAAGUUCAACGACAAGCACAUCACCACUCUGCAGGCAUCAUUCUUGACAAAGAAGUUAAAUAUUGGUGGGAAAAGAGUAAACCUUGCUAUAUGGGAUACAGCAGGUCAAGAGAGAUUCCAUGCAUUGGGUCCAAUUUACUACAGAGAUUCAAAUGGAGCUAUUUUAGUUUAUGAUAUAACAGAUGAAGAUUCCUUUCAGAAGGUAAAAAACUGGGUCAAAGAAUUACGGAAAAUGUUGGGAAAUGAAAUCUGUUUAUGUAUAGUUGGUAAUAAAAUAGACUUGGAAAAGGAGAGACAUGUUUCCAUUCAAGAAGCAGAAUCGUAUGCAGAAUCUGUUGGAGCAAAACAUUAUCAUACUUCAGCCAAACAGAACAAAGGAAUUGAGGAACUCUUUCUUGAUCUUUGUAAAAGGAUGAUAGAAACAGCACAAGUGGAUGAGAGAGCAAAAGGCAAUGGCUCCAGUCAACCAGGAGCCACAAGGCGGGGUGUACAGAUUAUUGAUGAUGAACCUCAAGCCCAGAGCGGUGGCGGAGGGUGCUGUUCUUCUGGAUAACUGAUCACACUUAAGAGAUUAAACAAACAAACUGUGGAUCAUUGCCCUCAACAUGAAGACUGCCAUAUUCCAAGUCACAUUAUUUUACCAAUGGAAUUAUAGAAUUAACAGUAUUUUAAAUUACGUUUAUAACACUGCAGAGACCUUAAGUGCUAAACUUAGUGGAGUUUGUGACCAGAGAAUUGGCAUUUUUCUACAAAUGUUAACAAAGCAAUUACCAAUGGCCUUUUUACAUAUUUUUUUUUCUUUAAUAAGGAAUAAUAUGCAUGUAGAAAAGACCUACUUAAAGGCUUCAUUUAUAUUCUUUUAAAUCAAAUCUUUAUUUAAUAACUUAUAUAUGUUGUUGGAAUGGUAUACAUUUUUGCAGCCCUUUGUAUUUUGUGGUAGUUUGAAUUGUAUCACUUCUAAACAGCAAACUGUUUUUGUUUUCUUUUUUUUUGUUUUUUUUAAAUUAGCAGAUACCUGAAGUACUAUUUUUGCAGGGUUUGCACAGGCCCCUUAACUGUCUACUACUUUGAUAUAAUCUAUAUACAACCUGUAUGCUGAGCUGGUAAAAUACAUUAUAAAAUUACAUAUUAAAUAUUUUAUCUGCUUUUAAAAGCGCAAGGUGCAAAACUACAUACAGUAGUCUCAUUGAUGACUGUAAAGUGAAUUAACAUUUGGUGAUAAUGCCUAAGCUUUUUGACUCUGACAUAAAGAUCAUAGCUCCCCUUCACUUUUGUCUUAACUUGAAAGUGGCGUGUUUCAAUUUUCACAUAUACUUUACUUGAAUUAUUGCUGUUGUCAUAUUUUUGCCUCUGUAAGUCUUUCUGAUGAUUGAACAACAGCAUUUGCCUUUUGGUUUGUUGGGGUUUGGGGGGGCUUUUUUUGUUUGUUUUUAUUUUUGUUUGGGGGGGAUUUUUUUGGAUAAAAGAGAUGAAUUCUGCUGAUUUUGUUUUAGAGUGGUUACCUUAGAAGUAUUUGAGUGGAGCAUGCUGAAUUUCACUUCUGCAAUGGCUUUAGUUUUCUCUUAGGCUUUAUAUGAGAUGGGUUCACUGGUGUCAGAAGAGAGGAAGAGGUACCAGACAGUUGCCACUCACCAAGACUCAUUCAUACAGCAUGUUAAUGGGUAGUUCAUGCUCCUGGGGCAGCACUUUUAAAUCCUUGUGAGCAAAUUGUAUUUGUUCAUUGCUUGCCACAGAUGAACACAGAAAAGUUUGUUCCAUUUUAUAAGAGCUGUCCUGAGUUUCUGUGAAGGGAAACAUUUCAUGUAAUGCGGUUAUAGCAAACACUGGAAAGAUUUAUUAUAAAAUUAUAUUCUUGUAUACUUUGUAAAUUAGUCUCAUUAGGUUUUUUUUUUUUCCUAAGCAUAGGACUGAACUUAAAUUUGUUAAUUUUAAUAGAAUCAGACAGUGCUCACAGAAGGAUCACAAAUUGUGGAAAUUAACAUACAUUGUUCUUGUUCUAAUAUAUAUAUUUUUCCAUUUCUGUCAUGCUUGGAAAACUAGUAAAUGUUAUGUCUAAGAUAAAAUGGAAUGGUUCCUGGAUUUACUUCUUACAAGAAGCAGUAGUAUGCAAUAAAGUCGUUGGCAUGAGCAAUUAAGAGGAUGUGAAGAGGUUAUAGUUACUAAAGAAGUACUACCAUAUUUUUAAGUUAAGAGCUUAAGGUUUCCCAAAUGGGUUUAAAGUUGAAUGGAUUGACACCUUUAUGCUGUGCUGUUAAAAUUUUAACUUAGUAUUAAGGGUUCUGUGAGCCCUCACUUUACCUUCUUUAGUUCCUCUCCUUCCCAAACUCAACACACGGUUCUCUCUGUUGUGUGUGUUUGGGAAGGAUGGUAUGGGAAGAGUCAGAGAGAUAAGCUAACAUUUGUUUUAUUUUGUUUUGUUUUGUUGAUUGUAUAGUCUCUCAGUUUCCUAUGAAGUUUGUGUUUAUGCAGGGCAUCAUGGGAGACCAGAGGAAUCAUGAGUAUAAAUACAGGAAAAAUUGUUUUUGCUCUUCUGGUUCUUCCACAGGUAGUAAAGAAAGCCUUGCCAUUUCUACUAUCAUACGUGCAGAUGGGAAAGAAGCUCUUGUUCAGAGUGAACUGUUUUUUAAACUAAUGAGAGGUGAAAUUGAGCUUGAUUUCAAAAAGUAAAAUCAUAAAGCCUGAUAAUUGAAGAGUUGUACUCUCAAUUUUUGACCCUAUGUUAAUGAUAUUAAGUCCAGAUAAGAACCUCUGCUCCAAAGUUGCCAGAUAAUUAUUGAUGGGGUACAACCACUCUCCAUAUAUUUUUUUCUUUACUCUCCCUUAGUUUCUGUCUAUCAUUCUUAACCUCAAGCAUUUCAUUCUGUUUUUCACCUUGUAAUUUAAGCUAAUUCAAUAGCAACAAUAAAUAAUAGGGAAUACCUGUCCUUGCUCUAAAGUCUGAGCGUUCUCUAGGUAGGAUGAAGGAGGAAUGAAAGAGGACCAGCCAAUUGCAGUAUGUGCAUAAAGGAGAGAUAAAGAGAUGAGAAACUAAGGCUGAGGAAAUUUCUCUGAUACUUUCUUCACUUCUUUAACAUAUCUUUUGUGUUCCUGUCCUUAUGAAUUGUACUAUUAGGAAGAAGACAUGAGUUGUUGUAUUGUAUGUUAAAAGUAGUAGGUAGGUAGAACCAAUAUAUUUUUCAGCUAGUAAGUGUAUACAUUUAGUAUAUAUAAUUAAAAAUUGGUAUAAGAUAGUCAUUAAAAAUACCUGAAUAUUAUGUUAAAAGUAUACAAUCGUUUCUGUAAUGAUGAUGAGUAUUCUGCAUCUCGUUUUGCUUUGUGAUUAUAGAGGAAGAUCAUUGUUUUUAAAAAUGUAUAUUGCAACAGUUUGGGGGUAAACAGCAAUCUCAAAAAAAAAAAAGCAUCAUGUGAUUGUAUGAAAUAUGAGUGUUUGAAUUUGUUUUGUUCUGGGAAAAUCACCUGAAAACACCCUAAAGCUAUGGCUGUUAUAGCUAAAUUGAAGUCCUUUUUUGUUUGUUUUUAAUAUUAGCUAUAUGUUAUUAAUGAUUACAUUUUAUUUGGCAUUAGAGUAAGAAAGAAGAAUGAUAUAGGUUUUCAGCAAGAAAAGAUAAAAUUUGGGAUAUAUGACAGGAGGUUAGUGAGGAGUAGACUAGAAGUCAGGUAGAUAUGAAACUCUAAAACCUGACAUUUUUAUAAUUGUUUUGAAAUACAUUAUCAUUUCUAAAUAAGGCAAGUUAUGCAUUGUACCAUAUAUUUAGAACAUACACAAAAUGAAUUGGCAUACUAUGUAAUAUGAUUUGCAAUUUUCUGUAUUGUAAAUGCUACCAGGAAUCUAGAUCAUUGAUGUUAUCUCCAAAUAAUAGAAUUUAUCCUUAUAAUUACCACUUAUAUUCUCUCCAGAAGUGAGAUGUUGAUCUGUGCCUUUAACUUCUGAAAUUCAUCUUUUGACCUCCGUUUGCCAUAUAGUUUUCUUUAUAGAUGCAGUCUGGCAAAGAGGGAAUACAUAUUUUGUGGCUAGUAAAGCUGUUGAGAUCUUCUAGAAAAGGGUGUAGAUCAGUUGCAACCAGCAGGAGCCUUACGAUAAUGUCUAAAGUACAGGGACUAAGUAGAUCUUUAUUCUUUUCUAAAUUUCAAAAUGUAUUACCUAGGUUUUAAUAACUAAAAGCUGGGAUUCAUUGAAUAUAUACAUUCACUUGAUUUUGUAAUAGGCGUUGAUUCUAGUAUUUUGCUGUUCUAUAAUUUUCAGUCAACAAAAACAAUAAUGUAUUUGGACCAAAAUUCAUGUUACAUAUAUGUCUGGCUUCGAUGUCUUUUCCCUUUGCAAAGAAAACAAAUCAAUCAGAAUUCUGAGCAAGUUUUCCUAAAUGCAAGUAUUAUAAUAUUAAUCAUAUGUAAUGAAAAAAUGUAAAAAUACUCUUUUAAGAGUUUCCACUUUCAAGCAACAAUGCUUCUCUUCUAAACAAAUACCACUUUAAUUUGAUAGACUUCUAGCACUGCGUAUGCUCUCUGAUUUAUGUAUCAUCUCUCCUGAGAAGCUGAGCGUGCUUUUAAAUAUUAGCCUUUCUACCACAAAUUUUCAGUAGAUACACUAACAUGGCAAGUUGAUGUUACAUGGCACACCCAGUAAGAAUCUUAUUCUUUAAGCAUCUUGUCCUCUUCGGAGGCCUGCACGUAUUUCUAAGUGCUUUACAUUAAAGCCAAAAGAUGAACCUGUCUAUCUUUAUUCCCAGUAUAUCAGUUCUCACCUUGAUUUUGAUACUUCCAGACAACUGUAUCAUCUCUUCAUUAUCAAAUACUCAAGAAAAAGCUAAUAUGACUUCCUUAAGUUCGAGCUUGUGUAGAGCAAUGAGAGAAAGGUGAGGGACAGCAGAGAUAAAGUACGGUAAUGUUGAAAUACAGACAACAGUGGUAUUUGCUAAACUGUAUCGUUGGUAGCAAGCUCUUUUAAGGAAACCAUCACAUGUAGUACUUCCUAGAAAUGUAAAAGCUCAUUUUUUUUAAUUAUCUGAGAAUAUAUUCUAGGAAAAAAAGAAUAAAUAUUGUGAAAGUGCCCCUCAGGCACCCUCUCCCAAAUGGAAAACAUUGCUGUGUAGUAUAUACUCUUCAAUUACCUUUUUGCUGUGCAUUUAUAUACAUAUAUAUUUACCUAUAGAAAUACAUAGUUUUGUGGGUUCUAAAUUUUUAUAUAAAUUCUGUCUUACUACGC